ACAAAAUUUCUAUAACCCGUGUCAAGUUCGGUUCCAAUAGUUGCAACUAUUGCAAACACGAUAUUUUGUCAUUUAUAUUUUAUUUCCAAUCACGAAUUGGGGCUUCUGCUAAUCAACUAUAUAGUUACUAUUAUAAUUUAGUACUUCACAAUAAAGAUAAUCAUCAUGUUUAAAACUGAUGUCAUAGCUGAAAAUGAACAGAAACAGGAUGACGACUAUGCAAUGGAAACCAAUUUGCCAAACAUGCCGAGUACACAGUCGAGCGAAAAUAAACGUCGCAAACCUACCUGUAUUAUUGUGCUUGGAAUGGCUGGUUCUGGGAAAACCACUUUUGUAAAAAAAAUCACAUCUACGCUCUAUAAUACUGGUAAACCAUACGUCAUCAAUUUGGACCCAGCUUGUAAUGAGGUUCCUUAUCCAGCUAAUAUUGAUAUAAGAGAUACAGUCAAUUACAAAGAGGUCAUGAAACAAUAUGGACUUGGUCCUAAUGGUGGUAUUGUUACGGCAUUAAAUUUGUUCUCGACAAAAUUUGACCAAGUGGUCAAACUGAUUGAAAAAGCCGGAGAAGAGCACGAAUUUGUCAUACUUGACACUCCUGGUCAAAUAGAAGUCUUUACUUGGUCAGCUAGUGGUACCAUCAUAACAGAAGCAUUGGCAUCUGAAUUUCCAACUGUAGUUGUAUACAUAAUGGACACAGUGAGGAGUGUCAGUCCAGUAACUUUCAUGUCAAAUAUGCUCUACGCUUGUUCCAUUCUGUACAAAACGAGGCUUCCAUUCAUUGUAGUCAUGAACAAGAUAGAUGUUGUUGAACACAGUUAUGCUGUAGAUUGGAUGCAAGACUUUGAAUCCUUCCAAACAGCUUUAGAAGGAGACAAUAGAUAUAUAAGCAACUUGACAAGUAGCUUAGCACUAGCACUUGACGAAUUUUACUGUCACCUACGUAGUUGUGGGGUUUCAUCUAUAACUGGUGAUGGGAUUCCUCAAUUUUUCAACCUUAUCAAAGAAGCUGCAAAGGAAUAUGAAACAGACUAUAGAAAGGAUUGGGAACGAAUCAGAAUAGAAAAUGCAAAGGCACAGGAAGAAGCCAAAAAAGCAAAAUUGCGCAAAGCUGCAGAGGGAGGAGCUGGGGAUGUUGUCCCAUUGAUUGGUUCGGUUUGCUCUGGACGAGAGGUAGCAGACAUUUAUCUCAGGCAUCCUGCAAAUGAAUCUAGUGACGAUGAAGAAGGUACAGAAAAUUCCAGAGAGAUCCAAGAAGAACAAGACGAAAGCGAUGAAGCACAGUCCUUUAGAAGCGUUUUUGGCAAACAAAAAACUGAACAAGAUAGGAGAGCAAUAAGCCAACAAAGUGGACCCAGUACCAGUAAAGGCAGUUGAUCGGCUAAGUGUGAUGUGGAGUUUGUACCUAAAAAAUUAUUAUUCUCUUUGAAACGUAUUGACAACGUAUUUUCUAAGUAUGUUUGCCUUGUAAUUUUGUGCAUAAGAUAAAGUUUAGUAUGUGUUGAUUUUUCAGCAACAAUGCAUGCUGCACAAAUUGA